UCACCAUUUUCUCUUCCUCUCAGCUGAGACAGUGAUUCAGUAAAAGGAAAUCCUUAAUUAUUUUAAGGAUUUUCCCAUCCAAAGCAGCAGCUGGGCGUUAAGGUCUUCGUUUACAGGUACUAUAUAUAUAUACCAAUGGAGCAGACUGCUAUUGUCAGAAGUAUCCAAGAUGACAUUGGUCAGUCUGCAAAUGAUCUCCCUCGGUUCGCUGCUGAUCUUCAACAACCAGACUUCAUUAACAAGUGCAGCGGCUCGGAGCACCAGAUGCAUCAGCGAGGACCAGCUGAAUAAUCGCACUGACAAGUAUCGGAAGACUUACUGGGACCAGCUGAUUAUAUCGAAAGUCAAAGUGCCGCUGCAGGACACGAGCACGUGCGAGCAGACGGCCAAAGAAAUGCGCCAAGAGGUGAAGAUGCGCUCUUUGUCGCCAUGGAAGUACAGCCUGGACCGAGAUGACAACAGGUUUCCUCGAGAUAUCGCUGUUGCAAAGUGCCUUUGUGAGGGCUGUAUCAUCAACCAGAAGGAAGAUAUGAGCUACAACUCAAAAGAAGUGUUUGCUCAGGUGAUGGUCAUGAAGAAGGCUCAGUGCAAAGAAGACCCAAAGAAAUAUGUGGUCAACAAGGAAUUUAUCGAAAUCCCUGUGGCCUGCACGUGUGUUGUGCCCAGUUACACUAAGAGCACAUCUUAAUCAUACACUUUUUAUUUUUCCUCUUUAAUAACCAAGUUAACCAUAGCAAACUAAUCCAUCUUGUAGCUUGGGGUUACACUAACUUGUUUGUAUGUGAUCUGUCACAGGUCACAGUAGAAUUAGUCAUCACAGUUUUCUGCAGAAGUGAAACACAACUUCAGAAGUUCCAGAAGUACAAUUUUUUUUUGUCACACAGAUGACACAGCUCUGGGGAUGUUUAGGUGACGUCUGGUCCAAAUGAUUUAGUAGAAUAUGUCUGCUAUUGUCUGUUUUUGGGAUUGGUUAUUCAGUCUGUAAAGUGUUGCAAAUAAUGCAGAAAACUGUAGAAAAUUAUUAUGAACACCAGACCCCAAAGUCAUGUUUUCAGAAAUCCACUAAAAGUAAGCGUUUUUUUCAGUUAUCAUAUUUUCUCAUUCAAGCACCAGCUACAUGAUAUAAGUAGCUGUUCUUUCCUAACUCAGUAUUUAAUUUAAUUUAAUUACAUUUUGUUUUAUUUUAUUUUAAAGAUCUUUAUUUGUGGAGGGACAAGUAUACUAUACAGCAUAGACUUAUGUCUUGUACCACAGUAUUUAUAGCCUAGGCUACUUCCUAGACGAACGUAAGUAAAGCUGAGAGACCUGCUGGUUUAACUAUCAGACAUGGUCUGUAAAGACCAAAAGUCAUGAGCAAAUGCUUUCAUACAACAGCAGCAAAGUAGUUUUUUAGUGGUAGUUUGCAAUGACUGAUCAAUGUGAAGUAGGACAAAAGCACAGUAUCAUUAUUUUGUCAUUUUAUGCCACAGUGGCUAGCAGCUAGAGAUGAAUAGUACUGAUAUGGAUACCACACUAAAUAUGAAGCUGCUGCCAGCAGCUGGUUUGCUUAGCGUAGCAUAGAGACUGGAAAUGAGGAAACAGCCUGGCUCAAAACAGAAUAUUUCUACUAGCGGAAGUACUAAGACCUUUUACUUGACCAUGAAACUAAUACUGCAUUGUAUAAAUACUCAGUUACAAGUCAGUCUGCAUUCAAACUCAGGAGUGUUAACAGCAAAGUAAGUAAACAAAAAAUUUGUUAGAACAAAUUAUCAAAUUAUAAGUUGUUAGUUUUAAACAAAUUAUACACAGCCAUAGCACUAAAACCACCUGCCUAAUAUUGUGUACGUCUCCCACAUGCUACUAAAACAGUUCUGACCCUUGAGGACCUCUGGGGGUGUCCCUGUUGUGUCUGGUCCUGUGGGGGAGGGCGAGUUUGGAGCUUGGGCUCUUUGUCGUGUUACUCAAGCCAUUUCUGAACAGUUUUUGUGGUGUGGUGGGAACACUGUCCUGCUGGGGGCGGCCCCUGUGCUUUUGUCAUGGGGGUGCAUGUGCUUGGUCUGCAACAAUGUAGAGAUGGCCAGUACGUGUCAAAAUAACCCAAGGUUUCCUAGUAGAGCAUUGUAUUGUAACAAGAUGGUCAGUGUUAUUCACUUCAUGUGUCACUGGGUGUAAUGUUGUGUCUUAUCGGUGUAUAAACAUGAGGUACUGGGAGACAGCUGUUUCCAGUCGUCAUGCUAAAUUAAGCUAAUCAUCACCAGCUGUAGAUAUGCUUUAACAGACGUGAGAGUUGGGAUCAGGCUUCUCAUUUGACUCUGCAAGAAAGCAAAUCAGUGUAUUUUCCCAAAAUGGUGAACUGUUCCUUUAAUAUAGGACAGUAUUAGGCACAUGUAUAUUAUGUGCAAGGUACACACAGGUUACAUUAAUCUUUGGUUAAAACACUGUAAAGCAUCAAACUCCUCAGUGAUUAAUGGAGUGUAUGUGCUGUGUGUUUCAUGUGAAGUAAGCCUCAUUAGGCUAAAUGUGAGGAUUCCUACUGUGUUUUUUUUUCUUUUUUAGUUUUUUACUUUUUAUUUAUAUAGUUUUUUUUUUUUAAAUUUGUAAUUAAAGCUGUUGUAGAUUUGAUCACUGUGAAAGGGCCAGUGAAUGAAGUUGUGUUUGUUAUAGAACUCAUUUGGCAAACUGUGAAUAUCAUCCUCUGGUGGAUAAAGAGACCUCUGGAUGUUAAAAUGUGACCAGUUUAGAUUUACCAUUAGAUUGUCUCACACUGUAGAAGAUUUAAUGGUGCACUGUUAAAGCUUUAUGUUUUGAUCUUGGGACAUUAAUUCAGGAGAGAUAAUGCCACUGACAUGAACUAAUUAAAUAUUGAGUGCCUGUCAGAUUUGUAAUGAUGUGCCCCUUUCCCUGGCUAGAGGUAGUCCCUCAUCACAGUUGAAGUUUGUUAUUUUGCUUAAAUUGUGAAAGCACAAACAAGCCUCAUUGACUCCUGUGCUGCUGCUGCUCGUCUCGUCUGAAAUAUUUCUUCACCUCAGAUUAUCCUCUGUCCAUUUUCUUUUUCAUUUGCAACACUUUUUAAACUAUUUACCAAAAAUUAAAAGGUUUCUUUGA